UGAGCCGUGGAGUGAUCCUGGCAAUGGAGGCUAUGAAGCCCCAGUUACCACAGAAGCGAGAAGUCAUCGCCAGCAAAUAUGAGCAGGGAUGCAGAGGACAGGCACAGGUCGCACGUCCGGAAGAUGAGGACAUCAAUACCCGUCCGUUCAUAACUUAUCUGGGGAUCCUGCAAGAGAAGAUGCUGCCGCGGGACAGAGUCCUGGAGGCCCAGCACAGAUACCAAGAGAUCCAUCGAGUUGAAAAGUGGAUGAAGAUGACAAAGCACUGGGCUCAGUAUCAGAGCAGCAAGAAGUUGCAGAGUCGCAUCUACAAGGGCAUUCCCCUUCCGAUGCGUGGGAAGGUGUGGUGUCUCCUGCUGGACAUAGAAAAAGUGAAGGCAGAGAAUACUGGAAAAUAUCAGCAAAUGAAGGAACAGGGCCAGCUGUUGUCCCAGUACGUCCAUGAGAUAGAUGCAGACGUCCAGAGGACAUUCCAGAACCAUGUCAUGUUCCAGCAGCGCUAUGGAAUCAAGCAGCAGGCACUGUUCCAUGUCCUGCUGGCAUAUACUGUCUUUGACCAUGAGGUGGGCUACAGGCAUGGCAUGAACUGGGUGGCUGCUGUAUUACUCAUGUUCUUGGAGGAGGAAGACACCUUCUGGGUCUUAGCACAACUCAUGAUGAAGCCCAGGCAUGCCAUGCACGGACUUUACAAGGCCAAUGGCACCAAGCUGCAGCGGCUGCAGCAACACCAUGACAACAUCCUCAAGUGCCGCGUUCCAAAAUUGAAACAGCACCUGGAUGAGCAGGGAGUGUGCGCCGCAGCGUACGCUCGGAAGUGGUUCCAGCAGUGCUUCGUGGAUGGGGCCCCCUUCCCGUUGAUGCUCCGAUUUUUUGAUGUAUACAUCCUAGAAGGGGAGCCCAUUCUGACUGCAAUGUCGUAUACUGCCCUGAAGGUCCAUAGGAGACACCUCUUGAAGCAGAAUGGGAGCCACCUGCAGCAAUACCUGCAGGAGGAGCUGCGCCAGGCCUGGGACAUCCAUGAUGAUGCAGCCCUGAGGCGACUCCAGGCCACCAAGGCGGAACUAGAAAAGUUCAAGUGUUUUCUGCCUCCGCCAGCAAAACUAGAAGAAAUGCCCAGCAUGUCCCUGAGCCUGAAGCUUGCAUCUCUUGUGCCUGGACUUCACCCCACACCUCAGAGGCACAGGGUGGGCUGGCGACAGAACCAGGUGGGCUGCACUGUGGCCUCGGACUCGCAGGUGCUACGCACACGGGCGGCAGCACAGUCACAGAGUGACCCUGGCCACUGUGUGGGAACCUCAAGCUCUGGACACAGAGGAGGCCUCUCCCAGAGGGCUUUCAUCUUUACCCCAGUAUUGUCUCUGAAUGCUGGAAAGUACAGGUCCCCAGAACAUGAACCCAAAAAAAGACUGCUAGGCUCUCCCCAUCCUGCCCAGAAAGGUCCACGGUCAAGCAGAGAAGCCUGGUCCCGGGCACGCUCUGCGGCUCACCACUGCCAGAAGCCUGGCCGAGACUUCACCCUGCUGGAACCCAGCAUGACGGUCAAGCUGUGCAGCUCUGGGCAGCCCCGGCGGGGCUCAGUCAAGGUCCUCAGGGUUCACAGCCUGCCUCGCCCUGACCUGGGACAGCACGCCAGCCAAGCCAGGCCUGGUAGGACAGGUGUCCUUCCAUAAUGUGGCCCUCAGGGACAUGUACAUCACUGCCUCCCAAAGGACAGAAUCUUUAGAGAUCCAGCCCACUGUUGACCCAGAGUCCUGGCUGCAGACUUUGUAG